CGCGUGUGUGUAUCAUCACAGUCUGCCACGGUUGCACGGCGAUUGUGUGCCUCUCUACCUGAAAUAUCUAAAGCACCGCACGAUACUUCUCCAGGGAUCUGUUACCUGACUUUUCAGGACAGAGGGGGAAAGAAAAAGGAAAGAGCGCUGAGAGAGAUACUCGGUCCGAUCACGAACGUACCGUUUCUCCUGGCCGCGGUGAUCCUUGACGCGAGUACGUCUACUGGUACUUCUGCGAUUCCUGAAUAGCGCGCCUCUCGCCUCGAGAACGGACGGAUAGAAGGAGAAAACACGUCGAAUCGAAAUCGAAGGAUACUUAAGGAGGAUAGGGUGAAAAGGCGAGAACAAGUGACUGGUGGAGACGAAGUGCGCGCUGAAGUGGACGUCGCGUGUGUAUUCGAAGAGAGUAAUGAGCAGCGUGACAGUUUCCUUUGAGGAAGGAGACGGGACGACAUGCAGCUCGAGCAUGGUCCGGAUCUGGACGACGAUAGCAAGAUCGGUCGACCAGUGAAAGAAACGUGCUCGUGCCGUACGGACGACGUGACGUGCUCGGUCCCGAGAAGACCACGAUUGCCAAGUGUCCUGGUCGCGACAUGUCUCAGUCGCGUACCGCUCGUUGAUCGUUUCGAACAUCAAUCGUCACCGGUGACGUCCGGCGAUCGCGAAAUUACGUGGAACGCGCGAAACGAGAUCGACUGAUCGCAAAAAGGAGAGACCGAAUUUUAAUUAAUUGCAGUUUCACGCCCACUACGCAUAUUGUUACGCGUUGAUAAAAUAAUAAAUCUACAACGACUUAUAUCGGCUAGAUAUUCCCGAACGAUCGUUUCUAAAGGAGUGCUGUGUCAUUUUUUGUUUUUGUUCGUUCCAACGUCGCGCGUGGCGCAUCAUCGUUGGACCUGAUCAUCGUCAUCGUCAUCGCUGUUCGAUCGCUGGAUCGUUUGAACAUCGAUACCGGAAUUCGACCCGCUGACCGAUCCUCAUCGACGACGUUUCUGCACGUGGCUCGACCUGCUUGCCGCCCGCCCGUCAACCUCGAUCAACCUCGGUCGUCGUCUUGGACGCGUUGUCGCGGUGGUGGUGGUGGUGGUGGUGGUGGUGCAUGGACCUUUUCUCGACGGAUUUGCUACGCAUUUUAUCGCGCCCCUGGGUGCCUCCUUCUCUGUCUAUCCCUGUCUCGUUCCGUCCUCUUCUUUCCUUGCUCUCGCUCUCGCGCCUUCUCUUCGUCUCUCCUUCUCUCGGUUUCUCUCUUUCUGGAUUAACGUGUGCCGUUUCCCUCCACCCCACGCUUACCUACCCCUCCACCUGUCUGCCGCGCCGCUGCACACCCUCUCUUCCCUCCGCCAACCCUACUCACACGAUCACGUACACCCGUACAAUUUUCCCUAUCCCCACCUACCGCGCGCCUUCUCUACCUUCCGCACGCGUUUUCUUUAUUUAUUCCGCGAUUCCGCGGGGCAACGCAACGCUUCGCACACGAUGAAACGCGCGGCUCUUCCGUCCUCGCCUUUUUGAAAUCGUCGUCUCGCGUGCCGAAUUCGUGCACGGCACUCGCCGCGGUAUUUCCAACUGGUCUCGCUGCCUGACCAUUCGUUGCAUUUGUUGCCGAUUUCGUCGGCCACGCUCGACGAGACCGUCUCGUAAAAUCGACGCGAAUAACUACCGCUCUGCUGCUUCUCUCGCUCCCCCACCUGCCCACGUCGCCGUCAUUCUCGCGGCCUCUGCCGUUUUCUUCUCUUUCCUCCCCUCGUUCGCCUCCUACUCCUCUUCCUCCCCCUUCUCCCCUCUGCUUCCUCUACCUGCUGCUCUUUCAUCGCGUACGGUGUCUCGUUUUGUCGGACUAACGUUACUCGCGACGUUACAUCGGCUCGCUCGUGUCCGUCCUUGGAUCGCAUAUGCACGUCGUAAACGCAACCGCGUGAAACGACGAUGCGAUCGCGUUUGCCGGUCGACUGGUGAAAAAUCGAUCCGGUAUUCCCGCGCUUGGUCUGCCGCUGCCACCGUCUCCCGAACAACGCCGACGAUCGCGGCCGGAUCGGCGACGGAAUCGGCCGCGUCGCGACCCUCGUUCCACGUCGACAUCGCCACCGUCCCGGGCGUCGUCGUUAUAACACCGGCAAUCACCUGUCAUCAUCUGCACCAUCGCCGAUCACGUGGCUUGCUCGACGGCGACGCUGUACGACAAUGUUCACGCCGCGCCGCUGUGCGGCUCCGGCGUGGGCCACCCUGGCUCCGUCACGCCGAUGGGGUCAGCCACCGGAGCGGGGAAUUCCACCGGGGUAACCUGGUGGGCCAUGAUGAACGGUUCCCUCUACGAGGACAGCCCGCCACCGGUCCCGCCAACAGCCUCGAGCCUCGUAUCGAUCCAGCAACAACAGCAAGCAACAUCGACACCGGCUUCCCAUCAGCAAGCCACUACACCGACCUCACCAGCUGCACCGGCUUCCUCGGCUACGAGCGCGCCUUCGGCGCCCACAGCCAGCGCCAGCUCGACAUCGCCGAGCGCCUCCUCGGUGGCGAGCAACAGCGCGCCAGGCCCGCUCCAUAUACCCGCCAAGAGGCUGACCGCCACACCAGCCGCUUCCUCUUACGGCGAAGUCGGCUGCGUCGAGUCCACCGCCGCGCCCGCCGCUGGACCAGCGGGUGUCAUUCGUCAUUCCCAUUCGUCCUCGGCUGGCUCCCAAGGAGGUUGGAGUUACAGUCCCCAUCAUCCCCAGGACUCUCAUUAUUCGUCUGCCGCGGCCGCGGCUGACUCCCUCAAUCAUCACCAAACCUACGGGGGUAACAAUCCCCCGACCUAUUACAAUCUGGCGGCCGACCCUACCUCCACUUCCGGAUCCUCCAGGGACAACCGGAAAGCCAGCACGCUCAGCUUCUGGUCGCCAGCCGCGGCGACAGCGGGUUCCGCCGCCACCGCCGGCUCCACUUCCGACUACAAGUCUUAUAACUCGGCCGGUGUCGCGACCACCAGCUCCUCGACCGGGGCUGGUUCUUCCUCCGCGGCAACGGGUGCCACAGAUCCGGCCGUUUCUUCCUGUCAUCAGAGCUUCUCUCAGAGCUGGUGCAAUUACGCGCCGUACACCACGGCUAGGCAUCACCAUCCGGUCGACACGGCUGGCCAUCAUCAUCCUCACUCGCAAGCCGGUGUCCCGUAUUUGGCGCCGUCCGCGGCAGACGACCGAGGAAGGGUCACUGCCGCGAUGGUAGCCGCGGAAGGCGCUUUCCCUCAUGACGGAUACGGCGGCCUUAGGAAUUACGGGGCGCCCGAACCUGUUACCUCCAGUCCGUACCCACCUCCAGUGAUGUGGGGUUCCUCCCCAUCUUCGUUGUUUCCCGCAGGUUCCCUGGCGGGAGUCGGCGUCGGUGUCGGCGUACCCGGGAUGGGCGUUGGUUGCGGAAGCUCGAACCCUCUGGAAUGGACCGGUCAAGUGACGGUGCGAAAGAAACGCAAGCCGUACUCCAAGUUCCAGACGCUCGAGCUUGAAAAGGAGUUCCUGUUCAACGCGUACGUGUCGAAGCAGAAGCGAUGGGAGCUCGCGCGCAACCUAAAUCUAACCGAGCGACAGGUGAAGAUUUGGUUCCAGAAUCGACGAAUGAAGAACAAAAAGAACAGUCAACGGCAGUCGCAGCAGCAGAACAACAACAACAACAGUAGCGCCAACAACGCGAAUCAUCACGCGGCGACCGGUAGCCACCACCAUCCGAGCGCCGCGCAUGCGCCACCCUCGAGUCACCACGUGGUCGCGCAGGCGCACCACGCAAACGGUUCCGCGAAGCAUCAUCAGUGACCCGUGGCCUUCUCUGGGGUCGUCUUCGGCCAUCAUCAUCAUAGCCAUGGCUCAACGAACGGUUGUGUCGGAAAUGGGACUGGAACCGCGACCGGGACCACGACCGGGACCGGAACCGGGACUGGAAACGGCACUGGUCAUUCCGGCGGCCACGCGAGUCUGGUUACAGGUCACAGCCACACGCUUCACGCGCCCCAACCUCAAACGCCUCUGCCGACCCACGCCGCCGGUGCCUCCAACACCGUCACGCCCCCCACCGCUGUCGUUCAUCCUCACAUUCACGCACAUGCUCAUCAUCAUCAGUUGGCGCACGUGGGUCAGCAGUAUCCUGCGCUUCUUCAUCAGACGCCUCAUGGCCUGGCUGCCUGAACGCGAGAUCCUUCAGGUUUUGACGCCCCAGAGAAAUCGUGGACGAGUCGUGCCAUCCUACACGGCUCGACCUUGCAACGCAACUUCUCAUCACCGUCGUCGUCGUCGUCGUCGUCGUCGUCGUCGUCGUCGUCGUCGUCGUCGUCGUCGUCGUCACUGGAAAUCGGCAUCCACGACAACGUCGGAUAGAUAGAUAUGUACCCGCACACUUAUCAAACUUCGUUCAGCAGCUAUUCAAAGACUGCCUACCACUUGUAAGGGAAGAUAAUGUUUCGCGAGUAGUAUAUUAUUAUUAUAAUAUUAUUUUAUUAUUAUUAUUAUUAUUAUUAAUAUUAUUAUUGUCGAUCAUCGUCAUCUUUAUCGUCACCCAUGUUUAUUAUCCAACGAAAGGAAUACUGUUGUAUAAAAGAGCAUGACUACCUACGGCGUCCUUGAAACGUCAACCAUCAGACUCUUUUCCCGCGUGUCGAUAUCAGGUGUCGGUCUUCUUCAAAUAGCGCGCAUUACCAUAUGCGGCACCAAGCAAUCUGUCCAAUUCGUAAUUCGGUAGUACUUGCUCCAGUUAUAUAUAUAUUAUAUAUAUAGUAAAGCAAAUUAGUGUCACUUAGUGUCUGUCCUUGCCCAUCUCAUCGACCUUUAUCCCUAACUGGAUGAACACCUUCUGUCCUCCUUACUCCCAAGCUCCUGCUCUUUCAACACCGGUCUGUACCACUUGGUCGAAACUCUCGAUCGUACGUUUGCUUUGUCUUGUACUGUUCAGCUCGCGCGGCCCAUCGGGAACGAUUUAAAGAGAACAUCGAUCGGUGACAAUUACGCAAGCACGGUUCGAGAAACGACGACAUUGGAUCUCACGGUUACGACACUGCGAUUCGCCUGGGAUCACAGCUGGGAAAGAUCUCCUGCUAGGGGUAAGUCUAUCGAAAGAUGUAUCGAAAGGUGUAUCGAAGCGGAAGAAGAAGCGCGAUCUUUAAAAAUUCGAUCGAUAGCGUACGUUUCGAAUUAUCGGAUAUAGAGAGGCUGGCGGUGUUGUUAAGAAAUUGGAAUAUCUCGUUUUGUUAAAUCUUACAUUUAUUCGUUCGACACGUGAAACGUUGAUCGCUCGGUGUACUUUGUCGUUUCAUGGGAUCCAAUGCGCUUUUCUUUUUCGACAUUUCAGCCGAACAGUGGGACGUAGGCCGAUUUCCGAUUCUGUACUAUCCCGAUAAAGAUUAGCGAAUUCGAUUUGCGCAUGUUCGUUCGAUCGCUGACGACUUGCAACAGGGUGAAACGAUUUAGAUCUGAACUUUAGAUCUUUGUAGAUAACUUGUGUACUUCCUGUUCGUUUCAUCCUGCGGGAGGCCAUCAGCUAGGAAAUCGUUAAUAGAAAUCAGAAAGAUCAAAGUGAGAAAUUAAGACUGGGCCCGUUCGUAGUUCUCGAUGCAGCGACUUGCGAGGACGAAAGUGACGGAGGUCACCGGCCAUCUCGCAAACAAUUUGGUCGAGGAUGCGUCUGAGGCGGACCUAGUCCAAAGCAACCAUGCGUUCGAAGAAUUAGUCUAAUUAUGUCCAGAGUGUUGUAUUCGCCUACCAAGGAAACUAGUACCUAUAAUUCUUAUAUUAUAUGUAAAAAAAAUCGACUUAGAUUUAAAGGCAUACCUAGUGGACUGUGAAGUGGUCGGGAGUACUAUUCCGAGACUGAGUUUAGGAUAUCCGUUGUGGAACGAGCGGUACGCCAAUGAGUCCUCACGAUUGACAAGAAAUCGUGGUGUUCGAUCGAUGGUAAAUUUCCAUUUCUCCCAAGGAAAGGGAUCGUACGAUUGAACAAUGUUUUCAUCGAGACAAAAGGAAUUUGUUUGUUAGUCAUUUCGAUAUUAUUUAUUUGUUGAAUGCGAAAUUACUGUUUUGUUUAGAAAAAUUCCAGAGUUCUCAUAAAUAUACAUCUAUAUAUAAUACAUCUAUCGAAGAAUCAAUUAAUCAAAAGUCCAAAUUUAAACAAUUUCCUCAUCGAGCUGUUCGAAAUAAUAUUCGUCCUUGUAUCUACGUAGCUAUCGUAACUCGGCAACGAACUUCAAUUCUCCAAGACCGUGGAUUUAUUGAACGUUCGAAAAGUUCACGACACCGAAGAAAAUUCAACGUGGAAAAGCUAGCGUGCCAGGUGCCGAAAUUCCUCUUUCCAGAUUCGAGGACGGAUGUUAUCUCGGCCAGCCGAAUGGAAAGGGAGACGAGCGAACCGAACGGGCCAACCAACGAAGUCCUAAACGCGGUCUUUAACUAUAAGAGCGAAGAAGACGAAGGGUUUACCCUUUAAUUGGUACGUCAGCGAGUAAGUAGGUAAUUUAAUCGGAUGUUAAAUGAAAAUAAAUAUCCCAAUGGAUCUCUAUUCUCUAAGGUGCAACAUUAUCUAAGUUAUAAGGGCCGCUGAAUGAGUGUGCAUGCAUGCCUACGGUAUAUUACAUACACAUACACGCGUAUUUUCUGAAUGUUUUGUGCGAGUGUGCGAGCGUGUUCACGCGCCUACAUCCCUAUAUACACUUGUGUGCGAGUGUAUGUGCGUCUGUGUGUGUGUGUGAGCGAGCGAGCGAGCGAGCGAGUGAGUGAGUGAGCGAGUAUGUGUGUAUAUGUGUAUGCAUGUGCAGCGUAUGACGAGACCGACGAAACGUAAGCGCGGGCUUCACAUCGAAGAGAAAAAUCGAUAAAGAGAAAGUAGGACCGGGGAGCAUCGGAAUUUCUUUAAAAGUGUAGAAGCGCGCGCGCGCGUGUCGUGUACUUGCGAGCGUGUAGAGAGGGAGAGCGUGAGCGCGGCGCGUGAGUGGAAUGUGUGCGAGAGAAGAGAACGACGGGACGCAGAGCGAUAGAGAUUGAGAGGAAGAGAAGAUGCAGAGAGCGGUAAUGUGAAAAACAACGUAAUAAAUAACGAUAAAUAGAAGCGUGUCGCGAAGAGGAUGGAAGCAACGAAGCAGCGAAAAGUAUGUAUUGUAAUAAUUAGAGUAACUUUUAAACGAGAGAAAAAAUGGAGAAACGGAAUGUACUUACACACACAGAGACAUACGUCUGCGUACGGAAAUACACGCGAAACACAUCGUGAGAUUGGAUCUUGGAUAGAUGAUAUAUAGAUUCCGCCGCAACUACUAUUAGUACAUUAAUUAUGUAACGACGAAUAAAGUAUUGAAUACACGAGUAUAGGUAAGUUGGAAAUAGAGAUGCGAAAACGAGGCGAGCAGAGAUCGUAUAAGAAAAAGAAAAAGAAAAGAAGACAGAACAGGAAAAUUUCGCAGGGGUCGACGUCAAGGUCAAUAUAUUGCAGUCGGCGCACCAUUCGGAUUUCAACGUGAAUUAUUGCUUGUAACUAGUUGCUAAUUG